AUGAAUCUCACAGGUAAGAGCAUCGAGGGAAAGCCACCGCAGCGACGCAGUACCAUUCCGCGCCCCACCGGACCUGCUUUCUUCGAGGUUUUAACACCUGCGACCCAUUCGCAUGGGCACCUGCGGCCACUUACGUUUAAAUUACAGUCAAAUAGAAGUUAACAAUGAGGGCUCAGUCGCACUAGCCUCAGACUGUCUGUAUCGCUGCAGAAGGUCUCACUGGGCCGCAAGCAGCCCGCGCGGGUUCGCCCCCUUCCAACUCCGGGAACCGGGGCGCCCAGAUGGAUGAACAACACAGCUCAGCGCUUUUUAGUCUCCUCGGUUGUGGCUUUGUCGGGUUUUUCGGCAUGACUAUUGGCCGGCGAUUCUCGGCAGGAAUAAUGCACAAGGAUGCCACCGUUUUCUCGCGCGUGGCGCUGUUUUGAAUCCGCUCCGCUACCCGUCAACUCUAAAGCGACAUCACCCUUCUCCAGGUAUCAGGGUACCUGCCUCCUUCUUGCCACCACCAACAUGGCGGCACACGCCGCCACCAAGAUGGCCGCGUCGUGAGGCCUUCGCCCCAACGGGCAACGGAGCGUGGCCGAGCACCGGCCGGCCAAUGGGGAGGCCGGGUAGCCGCCAGCCAAUAGGGAGGCCGCGGGGGCCGUAGCCAAUGGGGAGGCCGCGCGGGCCGAAUGCGGGAGGCUGCGGAGGGAAUGGCAAGUUCCCGCCAUGUCGGACUCGCAGGUGGAGGGCGCCGCCUCGACCUCGGGGCUGGGGAGUCGCAAGAGGAGGUGGACCGAGCUGCUGGCGGGAAGGGUCAAGAGGCAAAUGUGCGGUCCUGGAACAGAGCAGAAGUUACAGGAAUCCGCUGUGCACCUCCUGAGACGCCACCUAAACUUGAAUGACCUUCUGCUCGAGGUAGAAGGUGCACCACGUAAGACACUGUGUCUCAAUCAGCUGAUUGAUCCUGAGGCCUGUACUAAUCUUUCUAGUUCACUCAUAGGCUCUGCUUUGCGGGAUCAAGCUUCAAGGCUGGGUGUCCCUGUGGCAGUGCUGUCCAGCCGGUUGGUGGCCUCCAGCAUCACGCAGAUCUGUGUGUCUGAUGGCGAGUCCUCGCACAGGGUGCUGCUGAGCGCAGAGCAAAGGAAGAAACUGUCUUCCUUGUUGGAGGUGGCUCAGUAUUUACUGGCACACAGUAUGUUCUCCCGAUUCUCCUUGUGUCAGGAGCUCUGGGAAGUACAGGGUUCUUUGUUGCUUGAGGUCGUGUGGCAGCUUCACAUACAAAACGUUGUGAGCUUCCAAGAGCUGCUGGAAAGUCAUGCUGACACGCAGGCCACAGUGGCGUGGCUCUUUAGGAACCUGUGCCUUCUGUGUGAGGAAAUGGAAGCAUCUCCGUACAAUGACAUCGCCCGUGCUAUGCUUUCUGAUCUUGUGCAAAUGUUUGUUUUGAGAGGAUUUCAGAAAAACUCGGAUCUCAGAAGAAAUGUGGAGCCUGAACAGAUGGGCCAGCUCGCAUUUGUUGUACUUCAGAGAAUGCUGAUCUUCGCUCUCGAGGCUUUGGCCGCUGGCAUGCAGGAUGGGUCCCCACAGCACAAGGUGGUGAAGUGCUGGUUCGGCGUGUUCUGUGGACACACAUAUGACAGAAUGAUUUCGACAGAUUCUCCUAAGAGAUUUUUCAGUCAUACUCUGACUCAGGUGCUAACCCACAAGCCUGUGCUGAGAGUUUCUGAUGCUGUUCAGAUGCAGAAAGAGUGGAGCUUUGCGAAGACCCACCCUCUGCUCACCGGCCUGUACCGCAGGCUCUUCACGAUGCUAAGUCCAGAGGAGCUAGUUGGCCAUUUGCAGGAAGUUCUGGAAACACACGAGGUGAACUGGCAGCAUGUGCUCUCCUGCGUGUCCACACUGGUGAUCUGCUUACCCGAGGCGCAGCAGCUGGUUAAAGAUUGGGUGGCCCGAUUGCUGGCCCGUGCGUUCGAGAACUGCGACCUGGACAGCAUGGUCACUGCGUUCCUGGUUGUGCGUCAGGCUGCGCUGGAGGGCCCAUCUGUGUUCCCGUCCUAUGCAGACUGGUUCCAGUUGAGUUUCUGUUUCUGUGGCGGAGGCACGGCUGCUGCCAGGCGCCGUGUGACAGAUCACUGUGUGGCGGGCACAGCCCCUCGUGGAACCGGCCACCUGGCCCUCACGCCGGCCUCUCCCUCCAGGCCUCCUUUGGGAGCUCAAGGGGCUCCCACUGUUGCAGCAAGAAGACGCUGGUCUUCCUCUUCAAGUUCCUGUCAGACCUCGUGCCCUUUGAGGCGCCCCGGUACAUGCAGCCCCCAGGGUCUUUGGCUAACCCUUGGACCCUCCCGACGUCCAACAAGUGCAGCUUUCGGAAGCGGGCUGUUGCUGCCUCCCCGGAAAGUCACCAGCAGUUCACGGGCUGGUGUCACCUGCUCUGCCAUCUGCCCACAGGCGCACAUUCUCCACCCACCGCUGGUGCCAAGCAAGUACCGCUCCCUCCUCACAGACUAUGUCACGCUGGCCAAGACGCGCCUGGCCGACCUGAAGGUUUCUCUGGAAAACAUGGGCCUCUACGAGGAUCUGUCUUCAGCCAGGGAUGUGACAGAGCCCCACAGCCAAGCGCACCAGGAUGUGGAGAAGGCCAUCGCAGUGUUUGAACACACAGGGAGAAUCCCCUCUGCGGUCAUGGAGGCCAGCAUCUUCAGGAGACCCUACUACACGGCUCACUUUCUCCCUGCCCUCCUCACGCCUCGAGUGCUCCCGAAAACGCCUGAUCCCAGAGCGGCCUUGAUCGAGUCCCUGAGGAGAGCAGAUAAAAUUCCCCCGUCUCUGUACUCCGCCUACUGCCAGGCCUGCUCCACUGCCGAAGAGAAGAAGCCAGAAAGUGCAGCCCCGGGAAUGAAGGUGGAAGCUGUCCGUGCCGAGGGACCCUUGGGACCACUCGCAGCCGCGCUAAGAGAGCUCAGAGCCGCGAUGACGGACCCCACGCAGUAUGACGUUGUGGCUGCUCGGGUGGCAGUUGUUUCUGAGCGGCUCGGCGCCGCCUUGGGCCGCGCUGAGGAGGACGGCAGCUCUGGCGGAUCGCAGAUUCAGCUCAGCGUCCUCACGCCAGGCCUGGAGCAGCAGGAACAGGAGGUCGCGGACCUCCUGCUGACGUGUUUUUGUCAGAACCUGAUCGUAGCUUCCAGCUUCGCCUCGCCAGACAGGCAGGGCCCCUGGGCUUCUCGCUUAGUGACGGCCAUGUGUGGACGCAGGCUCCUUCCUGUCGUGCUCACCAGGCUCUGCCAGCUGCUCCGUCACCAGGGCCCAAGCCUGAGUGCCUCCCACGUGCUGGGGUUGGCCGCCCUGGUCGUCCACCUGGCCGAGUCCAGGUCUGUGCUCCCAGAGGUGCAUGUGGGCCUCCCUGCCCCCGCCGAGGGCCUGUCCGUGGCAGAGUUCUUCAGUAGCCUCCUGACGUUUAGGACCUCGGAGACCUCGCUCUUCUGCCUGAAAUUUUGUACAGCGGUGAUUUCUUACUCUUUGUGUAAAUAUUCUUCCUUAUCACGGGAUACUCUGUGCACCUGCUUGUCUCCAGCCCUCGUGAAGAAGUUUCAGUUCAUUAUACUGAGACUGUUCCCAGAAGCCCGAGAUCCCCUUGGUCCGGAGGACACAGCCGACCCUCCCUGGAGGCCCUUGUGCCAGCCCUCUGCAGACUGGCAGCAAGCCGCCCUCUGUCUGUGGAAACAGAGAACCUUCCAGGAACUGUUGAAGGAGAAAGAAUUUCACUUAACUUACAGAGACUGGUUACGGCUGGAACUAGAAAUUCAACCUGAGGUCGACUGUCUUUCAGAUACAGAAAGGUGGGACUUCCAGCAGUGGGCGAUCCAUGAGUACUUCCUCCCCAGGCCCUCGGCUGCGGGCGGCUGCGACGGGGACCUGCAGGUGGCGUGCACGGUUCUUGUCGACGUGCUGAUAGACUUCUGCCAGAGUUCGAGGAGUUACAACUACUCAGAGAAUUCUGAUUUGGUUCUCAGUGGCUGCCCAGGAAAUCGGGAUAUUUUUUCCAGAUUGCAGGAGAUGGCUGCUGGCCUGGAGCAGGGCCCGGGGGCACCCCGCAGUUGCUCUCCUCCUCAGGGGCACUUCCUUUUCGGAGUUUUCCGCAGACGGCUCCAGGCGCUGGCAAGCGGGUGGGAUGUGGCCGCCCGCCUUCAGAGACAGCGGGAGCUGCUUGUGUACAAAUGGAUCCUCCUCGGUCUGCCCCCGUCUAUUGUCGUCGGCCGCCCCCAGGCCGGCCAGCCAGCCGCCCCUGACUGCACCGAGUUCUUCCACUUGGUCAACUCUGAGCUGAGAAACUUCUCCCAUGGAAGCGCACUGACCCACGACCUCACAGUCCACUUCUUCAGGGGGCUCCUCAGUGCCUGUUCACAAAGUGGAGACCCCUCCCUGACAGCAGACCUGGUCCUGACCGCGUGCCAGACUGAGUGCCCCCUAGUCCUGACCUCUGCGCUGUUGUGGUGGCCACGUCUGGAGCCCGAACUCCGUAGUCGGUGGAGGAGAUGUCUCCAGGCCCCACUGCCCCAGGAGCUGCAGAGACUGUGGGAGGCCCAGCGGUUUGGCAGGAGCUGCCUCCUCCCUGACACGGCAUCCCCUGCGCCUGGCCCGGCCUGGCUCUCUGCUGCUGCACUUUACUUCGAAAUCCAGCGAGACGGGAAAGACAGCGUCAAGAGCCAGCUGGAGAGGCUGGGCUGCCAAGGAGAGGAGCUGCUGGUGUUCCUGUUUUUCUUUUCCUUAAUGGGCCUGCUUUCAUCACAUCUGACCCCACACGGAAGACCGCGUCAGGCUGUUGACACCCCGAAGGCUUUGGACAUUUGUGCUGAGAUUCUGGGGUGUUUGGAGAAGAGGAGGGUAUCCUGGCUGGUGCUCUUUCAGUUGACAGAGACAGGCGGCGGCCUGGGCCACGUCCUCCUCCGCCUGGCCCCAGAUCAGUAUGUCAGACUGCUGCCGUUCGCCUUCUACAGCCUUCUCUCCUACUUUGACGAAGACGCCCUCACCAGGGAGGAUGCCUUCCUGCACGUUGCCGUCGACAUGUACCUAAAGCUGAUCCGUCUCUUCGUCGCCGGGGAAACCAGUGCACUCGCCACCGUAGCCAGCAGGAGCCGGGAGCGCCGGGGCCAGGGUGACCCUGUCGGCUUGAUAACAGAAGCCCGUCGUCUUCUGCUGCGGUCAAUACCUAGAUGCCCAAAAGAGAGCUUCUCAAACGUGGCCGAGGUAACACGCAGACGCUCACUCUGCUGUGUGUGUCGAAGAGCAAACGAGAGUGCUGUAGAUACAGCACUUCCAUUAAGAGGAGAGCCCGGGGGUGCGGCACUUGCACUGUGGCCACUUACCUGCUGGGCUGUGGUUGCCAGCUUCCCUGGCCCCAGGCCCCGGGUGUCUGGGGGCUGCACUCGGCUGAGCACAGUCGGUUUCUUGCAGCUGCUGGCCACCAGUGCGGACUUUGACCCGGACGUGAGGGCCGCCCUCCUGAGCAGACGGCAGGCCGGGCCGGAUGCUGACCUCUACCGGGAGCCCCGGCUCUUCUGACUGGACCCUGCGCGGCGCACAGCCCGGCUCCUUUAGCCCUCCAAAUUGCUUGAAAAUGUCAUCUCGCUGGGACUUCCUCUUCAUCAGAUGGGUCCAUUUGAAGCCUGUUUUCCUCAAGGGAAACUAGAUCCGCUGAGCAGAAGUUCCUCGAGGAAGCCCAGUCUAUAAAGCUUCACAGACGACUGCCACCUUACAAACUCUACAAACCAUACUGGGCCCUUGGUGGGGGAGGGGAUGUCUACUUUGGAGAUCAGUUUCUUAGGCUCUUGGACAAAAACUGAACAGUCCCUUCUCCUCCUGGACAUGCACCUGGGGUGGUGGCCACGAGCAUCUGCCUCACUGCCAUUUCCAAUCCCACCUGCUCAGUCAUCUACAAGCACCUGACACAGCUUCCCACACGGGCUUGUCCUGUGCUAGGUACGAUCCCCCUUUACAGCUUAGGCUCUCCUCUUGGGUGUUUCAGGAAAACUGCUAAUGGUUGUGAUCACUGGGGUCUCGACGGAGACCAGCAGCCUGAAGACCCAAUUUAAGGGAAUGUCCAACAAGGCUUAGAACAAAAAACACAGGAAAAUGGUUUCACUGUGAAACCAACAAAUACGACCCAACCAUAAAAUGGUCUCAGUGAAAAAAGUAAACCAGAAUGACUUCCAACA